CGGUAAGAAUUCAGAAUAAAAUAUGAUAAAUGCUGUGCGAUAGUUCAUGUGGACACGGGGUGGCGGUGCAGGAUAAGAGAGUGAAGAACUGCAGACCAAAUACCCAGCUCGCCAUUAUGCUGGCAAUCAGAACUCUGAAUGUUUCCUGACAGAAGGAAGCAUUUUGGAUGGCAUCUAGGGAAGGGAUCUUUAGGGAAGGCACAGUUUUAAGUGCAAGUCAGUCGGCCAGACUUAUUACACAGUCAACUACCAAAUCAUCUGGGUGGAUUAUACAGUGAGGUGGAGAAACUGCAUCUUCUGGACUAGGUCUGAACAAUGGAGACUGCCCCAGCAAGAAAGCUGCACAAAAGGCAAGUUGCUUUUCUUGUUAUGCUGUUGUUUGUGUGGGAGGCUGGCUCUGAGGCGAUUAGGUAUUCGAUGCCAGAAGAGACAGAAAGUGGCUACCUGGUGGCCAUCCUGGCAGAAGAUGUGGGGCUCAGGGUGGGGGAGCUGGCCACUCGAGGCGCGCGAAUCCAUUACAGAGGAACCAGGCAGCUCUUGCAGCUUGAUGUACAGACUGGCAAUUUGCUUCUGUGUGAAAAGCUAGACCGGGAGGGGCUGUGCGGGGCGACAGAACCCUGUGUGGUGCAUUUCCAACUGUUACUGGAAAACCCCGUGCAGUUUUUUCAAGUCGAACUGCAACUCACAGACAUAAACGACCAUUCUCCAGAGUUCUUAGAGAGAGAAACCCUCCUUAAAAUCCCAGAGAGUGCCCAGCCAGGGACCGUGUUUCCUCUGAAAAUAGCCCAGGACUUUGACAUAGGGAGCAACACUGUUCAGAACUACACGGUCAGCCCCAACUCCCAUUUUCAUGUGGUGACUCACAACCGCGGGGAUGGCAGGAGAUAUCCAGAGCUGGUGCUGGAUAAAGCUCUGGACAGGGAGGAUCAGCCCGAGCUUAGUUUAAUCCUCACAGCUGUGGAUGGUGGGGACCCGCCCAGGUCGGGGACCACGACAGUACGCAUUGAAGUCGUGGACAUCAAUGAUAACGCCCCUGAAUUUUCACAGUCGCUCUAUGAGGCACAGGUUCCUGAGAACAGUGCGCUCAGUUCUGUUGUUGUCACUGUGUCUGCCCGAGAUUUAGAUGCAGGAACAUAUGGGAGUAUAGUCUAUACUUUACUUCAUGGCGACGAAGUUACCCAGCCCUUUGUAAUAGAUGAAAUGACAGGAGAAAUUCGUCUGAAACGCACAUUGGAUUUUGAGGAAAAUCAGUACUAUAGCCUGGAAAUUGUAGCCACGGACAGUGGAGGCUUCUCGGGGAAAUGCUCCGUCUCUAUAGAGGUGUUGGAUGUGAAUGACAACGCCCCUGAACUGACCAUGUCCACGCUCAGCACAUCUGUUCCAGAAAACGCCCCAGAAACUGUGGUUGCCAUUUUCAGUGUGUCUGAUCCAGAUUCUGGAGACAAUGGUAGGAUGGUUUGCUCCAUCCAAAACGAUGUACCCUUCUUUUUGAAGCCUUCUUUCAAGAACUUUUACACCCUGGUGACAGAAGGACCACUGGACAGAGAAAGUCGAGCCGAGUACAACAUCACCAUCACCGUCACCGACCUGGGGACGCCCAGGCUGAAAACCCAGCACACCAUCACCGUGCUGGUCUCCGACGUCAACGACAACGCCCCCACCUUCACCCAAAGCUCCUACACCCUCUCGGUGCCCGAGAACAACAGCCCCGCCCUGCACAUCGGCAGCGUCAGCGCCACAGACUCAGACUCGGGCACCAACGCCCAGCUCACCUACUCGCUGCUGCCGCCGCCCCACGACCCGCUCCCGGGCCUCGCCUCGCUCGUGUCCAUCAACGCCGACACCGGCCAGCUGUUCGCGCUGCGGGCGCUGGACUACGAGGCCCUGCGCGCCUUCGAGUUCCGCGUGCGCGCCACCGACCGCGGCGCGCCCCCGCUCAGCGGCCAGGCGCGCGUGCGCGUGCGCGUGCUGGACGCCAACGACAACGCGCCCUUCGUGCUGCACCCGCUGCAGAACGCGUCCGCGCCCUGCACCGAGCUGCUGCCCCGCGCCGCCCAGCCCGGUUACCUGCUCACCAAGGUGGUGGCGGUGGACGCCGACGCGGGCCAGAACGCCUGGCUGUCCUUCCAGCUGCUGCAGGCCAGCGAGCCCGGGCUGUUCAGCGUGUGGGCGCACAGCGGCGAGGUGCGCACCGCCAGGCCGCCGGGCGAGCGCGACGCGCCCAGGCAGCGGCUGCUCGUGCUGGUCAGGGACAACGGCCAGCCGCCGCUGUCGGCCAGCGUCACGCUGCACGUGCUGCUGGUGGACGGCUUCUCGCAGCCCCACCUGCCCGGGCCCGAGGCGGCGGCCGAGCGCGCGCAGGCCGACCCGCUCACCGGCCCCCUGGUGGUGGCGCUGGCCUCGGUGUCGUCGCUCUUCCUGUGCUGGCUGCUGCUCUUCGUGGCGCUGAGGCUGUGCGGGAGGAGCGGGCGGGCCGCGCUGCCUGGCUGCCCUGCGCCCGAGGGCCCCUUUCCGGGCCAGCUGCUGGACGUCAGCGGGGCGGGCACGCUGGCCCACAGCUACCAGUAUGAGGUGUGUCUCACGGGAGACUCUGGCACAGAUGAGUUCAAAUUCUUGAGACCAUUUUUCCCCAGCCUCCCACCCCAGAGUGCUGGGGAAGAAACAGAAGGAAACAUUGGUGUCCGCAACAGUUUUGGGUUCCAGUAGUGGACUGAUUAUGAUGCUAUGUUUUCUGCCGUUUAUUCCUGAAUGGCUCAGGUAUAGAAGUGUUAGGGAGAAACAUUUCGCCUUUAGAUAUAGGUUUGAUUUUUCUCUUGUAAGGGAUUUAUGAAUUGAAUUUUAUUUUUCAGUUUGUAAAAUUGAGUUCUAAUUAUUUAGUGUAAUAGCAAAGGAUAGAGCCUAUGACCUAGUAUAUUUGUGCUUUAUAAUUGAACUGUCCCUGACUCAAUUCUACCUUAUUGCACUUAUUUACAUAUUAUCGUCCCAAAUCAGCUUCAGGGAAACCCUCUCCCAUAGCAACCAUUAUGAGGUGUGUCUGAGGGAUGGCUCAGACCCCAGAGAUUUCAGUUUUCUGAAACUGAUUGUCCCCAGUAGUAUCAUUCAAGACACUUAACGGGACCAUUGAAAAUUCUCACUUAGGAUAAGUGAUUGCCAAUCAAAGAAAUGUGUUUUCUGUUUUAUUUAGUAAUUUUCAGUUCACAUAUUUUUUAUGGAUUUACCACUUAUGUAGUUUUAUGUUAUUUUUUACUUGCUUCCUAUUGUAUGCAUAAUAGUUCUUUUUCUUUUCCUCGUAGGACAGCAAAUAUGAGUUAUGAUUUCAUAUUGGUGUAUUUAGCAACUCAUUUCCAAUUUCAUAUUUCCAGACUACAGUACUGUAGUCUGAGUUUUACAGUACCCAUAUAUAAUUUACCCCAUUAAACAUAUUUUAGUUCACCUUAUAAUAUUCGGUAAGUAACUUUGUCUUUGUCUUACUAAAUUUGAGGAAUGCGAUGAUGUAUUUUCUGUAUAGUAUAGAAAUCUAUCAUCUUUGUAGGAGUAGCGUACUGAAAUGACAGUAACGUUUAAUUCAUUUUCUGUAUUCACAUUUUGCAAUUACAUUUAAGUAUUAUGUAAUUAUGAAAAUGGAUAAAAUUAUAGCAUAAUGAAACAAUUUUCUUUUAUAUAAUCUCUCUAGGGUUGCUCAUAAUGACAGCUGAGGAAAAGAUUAAAUCUAAGUCAUUUUCAACAACUGAUUGAGCUUUCCAUUUUCAUGAAGCUUUGGUUAGUGAUGCAUCUAGUGGAACUACUAUUUGUUUUGUAGGUUAUGAGAUGUGAAUGUAAAGACCAAAAGGGCUUUUGUUUAAUUUCAAGAAGUACACAGAUGUAUGUUCUCUAAAUUCGUAUUACUAAAGUGUGUGCUCUACAUAGAGCCCUGAUUUGUUAUUGAUGCCUACUUAAUAUUUAGAUGAAAACUUUUCCUGUCUUGGAUACCUUCUUCUGAAUACAGUCAAGAAUGAUUGGGUUAUUUACAGGUUUGCUGGAAUAGGAACUUCCCUCAACAUCAGCACAGUACUUCCUAUGUCAUAAUUAAAGAACAUACAUAAAAUGAGGCAGUUAUACAGGGAAAAGAACAAUAUUGUAAAAAUGUAAUUAUCUAAAACUAAGAAUAAAAUCUGGAAACAAUCAAAACAUGAAGUCAUAUGGCUGUUUGGAGUGAUAAUAAAAUUUUUUUCAGGUAAGAAAAAUAUUUUGUCUUAAAUUAGAUAAAUUUAUUAGGAAAAAAUUAUAAGUAUUUUUUCUUCCAGAGAUUCAGAACUUCCAGCAAUUCAAUAAUCAUAACUAGAAGAGAAUCAAAAUUCUAAAAUAUUUUAAAAUUACCAAAAAUAAAAAUAAUUUGUAUUGUUAUACCUUUAUCAUAUAUAUUAAGUACAAGUUAUAAUCACAUGUAAAUGGUGCCAUCCUGGGUGUAGAGAUCAAUGAAAGAGAACAUGCUUAGUGCUCAGCAUGUGGAAGGCCCAGGAUUCAAUCCUGUGCACCAAAAAAAUAUCCCAAUCAAACAAACUAAAAACCAGAAAAGCGAAAAAAAAUGUAUUGUGUAAUGAAAUAAACAUCCAAUGCAUGCUUGAAUCCUUUAUACUCAGAGAAAAACAAUUUGUUUUACUUUAAGUACCUCAUAGACAUGUCUGAAUAUGGCUUUUGAUAUUUUUCCUUGUCUUGUGUUUAACUGAGUUUCCAUAAAGAUAAAAAAGAGAGAAAAUCAGAUUAAGACCUUAUUUGACUGCCUUAGUUUCUAAUAGUAUCUAAUCUGGGGAAGCAUUCAGAUGUGAGACAAAUAGAGGGCAGUUUUCUCAGCGGGCCAUUAUGGUACAGACUAAAGUUGGUUGGAGGGUUAUGUGAAAAGGAGCCAUUUAGACUUCCAAAACAGAAUACUCCUAAAAACUUAAUUCACUGAUGGACUGAUUUUUACAUUGCCAACAAAAGGGAUAGAACUUAAUAAAACCAGAACAACUAAGCGGGACUAAAUUUCAAGGAAUUUAGGAACAAGGAAACAAUCACAUCUUACCUUUGGUUGAACAUGAUUUUUAUUUCUAGGUACUCUGAAGCCAUUUAUCCAUUUAAUUAAAGAUAAACUCCAAAAUUCCCUUUAUCUAGAUAUUUCAUUAAAUGUAACGCAGAGAGUGACUACCACAUAUAUAAAAUAGGAUCUGUUGUUGCCACUCUUGGAACUCCCCAAACUGAAGGUCUGGCACAAGAUAAAAGAGGUGACUUUGUAUUUUAAUACUUUAGUGAUUUUUCUUCUAGGAGAAUUGAUAAAUCAAUUACUGCAACUAUAUAGAAAUUAAUCUCAUAUUGUAAUAUUCAUGAAGAGAAAUUUUUAAAAAUUUGAACUCCCUUAGCCCACAAUACAUAAUAUGGCUUUGCUUGACUUUAAACAAAUUGUAAAUAGUCUGUAUCUGUUUUCUUCAUAGUUAAAUUUAUAACAUAUAGCAUAAUAUUUCAUACAUACUUGAUCCUCAGUUUACACUUAUUAAGUAUUUACUUAAUACUUUUAAUAUAUUUAAAUUUAAAUAUCUGGAUGAAUUUUUGAAGAAUUUAAAAUCUUUAUUUGAAGUUUAUCUACACAUUGAAUUUCAAAAACUAUUUGUAUUCAAAAAGGAAUAAAUAAUUCCCUGAAUUAUAAUUUUUAUGGAGUUCAUAGCCUCUCUUUGCUUGUUAAAACUUCUGAAAACUCUGAAAACUCAGAAGUUGUAAAAUAAUAUCACUAAUUUGACUCCAAACUGAGCUUGCUCGUGUCUUUGUUUCUAGAUAUAAGAACACUAAUUAUAAGCCCUUUGUUCAUCACAGUGACUUCCUUUAAACUGCACUUAAGUCCCUAGCCUUCCUCCAUGCUUCUAUUGAAUUUCAAUUAGUCUUUAUACUAUCAAAACUGAAAGGAAAUCUGUAAGACUCCAAGGCUUCAAAACACUUUGAAUAACCAAUCAUUUAUUUUCAAAACAUCAUUCUAGAUACUACAUACUUUUUUUCAAAAAACAUAGAACGUCAGAAAUAAUUUAAAUAUUUUCUUGAUGUUCAUAGUAUUUACAUCUAAAGAACAAAGACAUGAAAUGAGUUUUAAAUACUUAUCUGGAGUUGUUAUAAGACUAAGCUAUAGUCAAACAUGAAUCAUCUAUCAAUAUAUUUAAGUACUAAUUAAAUCUAGGGAUGUAACUUACUGUAAUUUUUAAAAGGCUUUUUCAUUAAAUGGUACUUCUUUGCAAGUGAAAACUUCAAAAGGUGACUUUUCUGUAUUUCCUCCAUUUUAUUCUGGAACUAUUUUUGUAUCUUAGUAGAUUGAUUUUUAAAGUCAAAAAUCUAUAAGAUGUAAUUUAGAGUUAUUUUAUGCAAAGUGCACAUAUAGUUAACCAGUAGUUUAAUUGAUCAUAGGUUUUAAAAAUUAAACUCAUUUUCCUUUGGUCCUUUUGCAUUCAACUCUGUUGACAAAAAGCAUGAUGUCAGUAUGCUUCUCAGCCUCCUCGCCUUUGAACUACGCUUUGAAGAUUUUUCCUUGUAUUAUAGAUAUUCUUAUAUUUGUUAUUCCUCAAUUCUAUAGUCACUUAAUAUACUGUGUUUUCUUUGUUUCAGUAAUUUAUUUUUUCCAAAUUUCCAUUUGCGGACUUUCAUACAACCUGUACUUAUCUCACGACUGUUAUUUCCUUCUUUUCUCGAAUAAAUUCUUUACUUUUAACUUCUUUUCAUGUUUUUUACUGUAGUACUAUGGACUGAACCCAGGGCCUGGGCACUGAACUAUAUCCUCAGUCUUUUCUCCCCUCCUCCUCUUUUUCCUUCUUUUUUUCUCCUCUUCCUUCUUCUAUUCCUCCUCCUGUUGCUGCAUUCUCUCCUCCUCUUCCUCCUCUUUCUUGUUCCUUCUUCCCCCUCCUUCUUUUUCUCCUUCUCCCCACUCUCUUUUCUUUUUCUGUCUCUGUUUGCCUCUCAAAAGCACCGACUUCCUGAAGUCACUACAUAGCCUUGGGUGGGCUCUUGAUGCCUUAAGCUUCCUAGAGUGCCAGAGUCUCAGACAUGAGCCACCAUGCCUUGAUCCAGGCAGUUCUGAAUUUGUAUUUCUUAUAGUAAAAUAUAUUCUUUUAUUUGUCAAGCCUCUUUCUCAUGAUGUUAAUCUUUCUCAUAUGCUUGGUGGUGUUUUAUUGAGAACUUGUUUACUAUUGAACGUCAAAAAUUCUGUAACUUAAAACUCAUACGAUGUAAGUACCCAAUGAAAGCAUUCCUACCCUGCCAUGUUGAGAAUGCCAAAAACAGAGACCUCUUAGGGACUAAAACUUCAGCCAUUUUCCCAUUGCUGUCCCAGGACAUAUGCAUCAAUAUGGACAAUGGAUCCUAUACACUUUAAAGCCUCUGUUUAUUUGAACCUCAAAGUGUUUGAGUUCUAAAAAUGUUUUGUGCUCCAUGAAGUUGGUCAGCAACCUCCAAGGGAUGUGAUGGUCCUAUCAGACUCAACCACCUAGCAGAUGACAAAAUUUACAGCAAUUUUAUGUUGUGCACUGAGCUAGACAGGUGGAUCAAGUUGGUAAACCUGGAUGGCAACUUGGGCUAGGGUUUAUGAUUACUUUACCACUGAUUUACGACCUCAGUUUCUUGAAUAAGGGACUACAACUGAUAGUAUGAGACAAGUAAACUACAGAUUCCUAAGCGAAAAGCAUAGUAAGGCACAAAUUCAGAUGUUUUAAGGAUUACUGGAAACCACUUCUAUCUCCCAUGAGCAUCUUACAAGUAGUAUAGAACUCCCAGCCUCUCCUUUUAUUCUUUGAACUACCCAAAUAGAGAUACUUAAAUCAAUAGAAACUUCAUCCUCUGAAUUAUUAGUUGGCUGAUAUUUCUUCCCAUUUCAGUUUUCUGCUCUGUCCAGUACUGUUUCGAUGUGGAAGGUGAACAAGGAUACUUCAGCACACUGUUGCUCAUAAUACUUUUUCCUGAACAUCUUGAGAAUAUCAGUAUCUUUAGGAUUUAACUUCAAAUUGUUACUGUGAGAGGGUUGCUGAGUGGAAUAGUAGGAACAGAUGUGUUCAAAUUUCUGAAGUCAGUUGUUAUCUCUAAUAUGGAUUAUCCUUGAGAGAAGGAUUUGAGGAAAAAUAACUUCUUGAGUAACUUUUGGUUAUUGAAACUGAAAUUAUAUUUCCUAAAUAUGAUCAUUUUAAGGAUUUUAAACUUAAACUUUGUUAUUAUGAGAAAUAUUUAUACAUUUGAGCAUCUCAUUUUUUCCAAUAUAAAUGUAUAAAAAUAUAGAAUAUAGAUAGAUAGAAUACUAUUCAUUCCUAAAAAGUAAGUUAAUCUUACGAUUUGCAAUAACAUGAAUCAAACUGGAGACAUUAUGUUGCGUGAAACAAGCCAGGCCCAUGAAGACAAAUACUUACUUAUAUGUGGAAUGAAAAAUAAUCAAACCAAUAUAAUCACAGUAGAAUGUGGUUACAAGAAGCUGGAGAGCACAGGAAACAGAAUAUGGUGGUGAGAGUAUAAAGUUUCCCCUGGAUGGGUAGUUUAAAAGGUAAGUGUGUGAAGUGAUGAAUAUCUUAAUUAGGUUGAUUCACUUAUCUUGUAUACUUAUAUAAUAGACGUCUCUGAGGACAUAUAGACAUUAGUUUUUCUAGAUGAUGACACUUUUUAUAUGUCCUAGAAACAUAAAGAAUGGAAAGUAUGCCAGGUGUGGUGGUACAUGUCUAUAAUCCCAUCAGCCCAGGAGACAGGCAGGACUACCACUGUGAGGCUGAUGCUAGCCUGGGCCAGAAAGUGAGUUCAAAGCCAGCAUGAACUGCAUAAUGAAACCCUGACUCAAAAAGACAAAAAAAGGCAAAGUAAAAGAAUUUAGAAUAUAAAUAGAUAAAAUUAUUAAAAUAGAACCAAAUAAAAUUCUAGAGUUAAAAAUAUAAUGACUAAAACAAAAAAUUUACUAGAGAAGCAAGAGUAUAUUUCAGUGACAGAGUACAUACUUGGUCUAUGUACAGCCAUCAGUUCAGUCCUCCAUAUAUGAGGCCACAUGUGCACACACACACAUGCACAUACACAUUCUUUAAAAAGAAUUCAACAAAAUAUAUGAUUAGGAAGAUGAAGACAUCAAAAUUUAAAGACAGAUAAAUUGAGAUUAUCCAAUGUAAGGGACUGAAAAGAGGAAAAUGAAGAAAGUAAAAAUCUCAGUGACCUAUGAGGCAUGCUAAAGCAUACUAAUAUACACAUAUUUGGAGUCCCAGAAGGACAGUAAGGAGAGAAAAGAGCAGAAAAAUAAAAAAAUAAUGGCUGAAUACAUCCUGAAUUUGAAUAAAAUUAUUUAUCUGCAUAACCAAUGAACCCAGUAAAGUAAAACUAAGAUAAAAUCAAAGAUUUCUUUUCCUUGACACAUCAUGAUCAGCCUGAAAAGGACAAAGACAGAAAAGGGAAUUUCAAAAACAUGGAGAAGUGAGUCAUCACAUACAAUGAACACCACAUAUAAUGAAUCCUCAAUAAGAUCAACAACUGGUUUCAUACAGAAAUCAGUGGCAUGACACACUCAAAACACCCAAAGAGAUUAUUAAACAAAUUCCAUAUUCACUAAAAUGAAAGAAACUAAGACAGCAUCAAAUAAAUAAAAACAGAUUGAAAGUUGAGUGUAUAAUAUAUAUCAAACAUACCUUACAAAAAUACUGAACAAGUCAUUGGGAUUAAAAUAAAAUGACUUUAAAGAAUAACCCUAAUCCACACAAAUAAAGGUAUGAAAAAGGUAACUAUAGAUGUGUAUAAAAAUAUGUAAGUGUAUUUUUGUUUAUAACUAUUUAAUAAAGGAAACUUCAUAAAGCACUAAUUAUGAAUCUAUGAUCAUGGAUAUUCAACUUGUAGGAAUGUAAUCUAUGUGAUAACACAUCAUAAAGGAUGAGGAAAGAAUUAAACUACAUAGGAAAGAGCUUCUAUAUACUACUGAAAAUAUGUUGGUGUUAAUCUAAAUUUAUAAAAGCCAAGAUGUUGAUUUACUAGCAACUAAGAAUAUAAUAACUCCAUCCUCAAAAAGUUAAAUAAAUCACAAAGCCACUAAAUGAUACUAAGAAAACAUUUGUUUAAUACCAUAAACAACAGUAGAAAAAUAGAGAAACAAAACACUAGACAUUUAGUCAUAAAUCUACAAUAUAAUUAAUUAUAUCAAAUGUGAAUUAAUUAUACAUCCUGAUAAAAGUAGUAAUGAGAAGAAUAAAUUUUAAAAAAUAGUCUAAUUCUAUUCUGUAUAUUGAGACGCAAUUUAUAUUCAUAGACACAAAUAGAUUAAAAGUUAAUGAGGAAGAAAAUAUAUCACAUGGACACUAAUCAAAACAGAAUUGGUCAGUGGCAACAUAAACAUCAGUCAAAAUAGAUCAUAACAUUUAAAGAUUGCUAAAAAUAGUUCAAGAGUGGGCAUUUUAACUGUUAAGACAAUCCAUUUGGAAGGUGAUAUAAUUACAAAUAAGUGUUCAUUUUACAAUAGGGCCCCAGAAUGAAUAUACAAAUAACUGAUAAAUAUAAAUAAAUAAUUCAACAAAAAUAGCUGAAAAGUUUCCUAUCACCCAUUUUGGUAAUAACUUAAUAAUUCAUCACUUUGAUAUGGUUAAUAGAAUAUCACCAUAGAAAAAGAAAACAAAAUUACAAACCAACUAUACCUAAGAAAACACCCUACACAACAAAGGAUGAUGUAUAUUCUUCUCAAAUGCAUAUAGAACAUUCUUAAUGGUAGCUCAACUGAUAGGUCACAAAAUGAGUCUGUGAUUUUACAGGACUGAAAUCAUACAAUCUAUGUUUUCUAGCUAGAAAGGAAUGGAAUUAUAUUGCAGAAGCAAGAAAACACUUGGGAAAUUCUCAAAUACAUAAAAAUAAAUCAACACAUAAGUAGAAAAUUAGUCUUUUGACAACACACAAGGAGCAUUAUUAAGUACUCAAACUAAUAAAAAUUAAAACAGCAUACCAAAAUUUGUGGCAUGCAAUAAAAAGGUAUUCUUCAAGGAAAAAGUAUAGUUGACAAUACCUGUAUUAUCAAAAAACAUUCUGGUGAGCAUGGUGCUAUCUAUCUAUCUAUCUAUCUAUCUAUGCAGGCUAUAUAUAGCAAUUUGAGAUGCCAACACACAAAUACCUCAUUAAUGUCCACAAAGUGGGGAGGAGGAGGAAGGAAAUAAGCAGAAAAGAAAGGAAGGGAAGGCAGAAAGAAAAGGAAAAAGAAAGAAAAACAGGUGGACAGAAAGAAAAGAAAAUUAAAGGGAGAAAAAACAAAGAGAAGAGAAACAUCUCAAAUCAACUCCAGCUCCCACAUUAAGAAAUUAGAAAAAGCAGAGUCUACUAAGUUCAAACAAGCAAAAGGAAAUUGGAAGAUCAGAGAAGAAAUGGAUGAAAUAGAGAAUUAAAUGUAAUAGCAGAGAAAAUCAAUGGAACCAAAA